UGAAUUACACCUGUCUCGUGCCUUUAUUCACAUUGCUAUUCGCUUUGUUUGUGUCUGGCAGUCUGAAAGCUCUUAAUCCGUAUCGUCACAGCUGGGAGCUGCUGCUGCAGGAGCCCAGCUCAGGACCCUAUACGAAAGAGGAUGCGGCUCCAGUGCAAGAGCUUUGGCUAACCCAAAGUCUUGAUCACUUUGAGGCUGGCGAUAAUAGAACCUGGCAAAUGCGUUAUUUUCGCAAUGCUAAAUAUCAUAAGCCCCAAGGGCCGAUGUAUAUAUUUUUGGGCGGCGAGUGGACCAUUACGCCAGGUUUACUCAGCACGGGUCUAACCCAUGAUAUGGCCUUGGAAAAUGCGGGCAUUUUGUUCUACACUGAGCAUCGAUACUAUGGCCAGAGCUGGCCAUUUGAAAAUAACAACCUGACUGUGAAGAAUUUAAAGUAUUUAAGCCUGCAUCAAGCCUUGGCCGAUGUCGCUCACUUCAUACGGUACCAAAAAUCGCAGUCAGUCAAUCUAACGCAUUCCAAAGUCAUCCUCAUCGGUGGCUCCUACUCUGGCAGCAUGGCAGCCUGGAUGACCCAUCUCUAUCCAGAGCUUGUCGCAGCAGUCUGGGCCUCCAGUGCUCCGCUGCUGGCCAAGGCAGAUUUCUAUGAAUACAUGCACAGGGUCGAAAACUCUUUGACUCUAAGCUAUGGCUCCAAUUGUACGCGGCGCUUAGAGCGAGGCUUUAAGCACUUGGUAAACCUCUUCAAUGAGAAUAAAGCAAGCGAUUUACUCAGCAGACUGAAUGCCUGCCCAAAUUAUAAUGCCAGUGAUAGCCUCGAUCGCAUCUCCUUCUUCAGUGGCAUCAACAACUACUUCGCCUGGAUCACACAGAGUUACAGUACCUACUUGCCACAACUUUGCGAAACGCUUCUCUCGCAGCACUCAAGCGACGCAGAGUCCUUGCUAACUUUUCUUGAGCUGCUCUACGCGCUUGACCAACGCUGGAAUGCAUAUUACUGCCAGGACUUUAGCUACAAGUCAAUGCUGCAGCUGUACAGCGAAUCCUCGGACCACAGCUCGGGCUCACGCGCCUGGUUCUAUCAGACGUGCAGCCAAUUUGGGUGGUUCACAACCACAGGCAGGAGCGCCAUUAACGCCACAUCAGGCACUGCCACCUUUGGCAGCGAAGUGCCUUUGUGGUAUUUCGAGCAGCUAUGUCGUGAUGCAUUUGGGCCGGAACUGGGUCCGGCCACACUUGCCUUGGGCAUCGCACAGAUGAAUUCUGAAUUUGGUGGACAUGACUUCGACCACAGUCUGCGGUAUCGUCAAGUGCUGUUCACUCACGGCGAACUGGAUCCAUGGCGGGUGCUGGGCUAUGCACGGGGCCGCCAGGCGUUGGUUAUAGCAGGAUACUCCCAUGUAGAGGACCUCGCCAGCAUCAAUGUGCAGGACAGUGUGCCCAUGAAUCUGGCCAAGCUGCGUGUCAUGUCCUUUCUACGUCGCCACACCGAAGUCAUUUAGAUGGCAUGAAACAUCUUUAUUCUUUAUUAAAUAAAUAUCUUAUGCUCCACGUGGGUGUCACUCUGUAAAUUCCACAGCUCUGCAACCUCUCGCAUGCGUUGCGGCUUUUCUUUGUUCGCCUCAUUGAUCCUGGACAAACAUAGACAAAUUGAGUGGCACUUGAACGUAAGUGAGAUAAGUGUUUCGACUUGUCUUCGCAUAUAAAUAUAUGUAUAUAUAUGUGUACAUAGUAUAUGUUCUUAUACAUUCACGUAGGUGUAUGUGGGUGGAUUGUUUGCUAAGCUCAAGAAAUCGAGAAAGCACUUUCAGUUGAUUAGCAGAAUGCACUUACAUCAUGUUUGCGUUAGGUGUUCAAUAAUCAAUUAGAACAAUGCAUCAAGGUGUUAUUAGUUUCUUAAGCACUUUAAUAGAUUUAGUUAGUUUAGUUGAAGUGCGGAUUUCAAUUUAAAUCAGAAAUGUUUGAAG